AUGGCUCCCAAGAACCAGGCCGCCUGGAUUCCCGCCAAAAAGGUCAUCCCUUUCAAGGUUGGCGACGCGCCCUACACGAAGCCGGGUUCUGGCCAGGUGGUCGUCCGGAACACAGCCGUGGCCAUCAACCCGUUCGACUGGGUGUUGCAGUAUAUUGGACCGGCGCUCGCGCGAUACAUCCAGUACCCCUUCAUCUUCGGUACAGAUGUUGCCGGCGAAGUCGUCGAGGUCGGCCCCGAUGUUGAGCGUUUCCGCGUUGGUGAUCGCGUCUGUGGCAGCGCAACGGCCAUAGCCAAGGAGGUCAAUCGCGCGGCCGAAGGGGGCUUCCAGCUGUACACAGUGAUGCGCCAGCACAUGUUGACGCCCAUUCCCGCACACAUCACCGACGAGCAGGCAUGUGUCUUGGGUCUGGGGCUGGGAACUGCCGCAUACGGCCUCUUCCACCCGGACUAUCUGGGCCUGGACUUGCCCAAGAUCCCCGCGCCUACUGGCGUUGUCGGCAAGUCUGGCAAGCCGCGCGCCAUCAUCAUCACCGGCGGCGCGUCGAGUGUCGGCAGCAACGCCGUGCAGCUGGCCGUGUCGGCGGGCUACGAAGUGCUGUCCACCUCGUCGCCCAAGAACUUUGAAUACGUCAAGAGCCUCGGGGCGAGCCAUGUGUUUGACUACCGGAGCAAAACCCUGAUCAAGGACCUCCUCGGCGCGCUCAAGGGCCGCGAGCUGGUCGGCGCCUACACCAUUGGCGACGGUGCCGUCCAGGCAUGCACCGCUGUGAUGACGAAACACCCUUCCAACCUCACUCGGAAGUUCAUCGCCGUGGCCGGUGCCAUCAUCCCGGCCGAGAAGCUCACGUCGUUUGUGGGCAAGGGCACGUACUUGAUGAGCAUGAUGGGCGGCAUGAUCAAGUCCAAGGGGAGGCACAUGAGGACCGGAGUUGAGGCCAAAUUCAUCAUGGUCGAUGGCCUCGUCGACCCCAAGAGUGUCGUGUCUCGCAUCUACAAGGAGUUCCUGCCGCAGGCGCUUGAGAGUGGCCAGUUUGUGCCCGCGCCUCCGCCGCAGGUGGUGGGCAAGGGUUUGGACAAGAUCCAAGAUGCGUUGGAUAUCCAGAGGAAGGGAGUCUCGGGAAAGAAGCUUGUCGUGACGCUGUGA